CAGCACGCGCGGGUACGACGCGGCACGGCUUCCCAUUUCCACCCUCCAUGCGCUAGGCGCAGACGCAGCGGGGGAGACGAGACAAGACGACCGUGACCGAAUCGCCGGGGGAGGCGAUCCGCACGGAGGAGGGGAGGAGCAGGAGGGAGGGAUGGAGGCGAACGGGCACGGGGGGGAUGACGACGCGCGGGCGCCGCUCCUGGCCGGGCGGCGGCGCAACUCGGUGGGGUCGAUGCGCGGGGAGUUCGUGUCGCGGCUGCCCAAGAAGGUGCUCGACGCCGUCGACCCCGAGCGCCCGUCACACGUCGACUUCUCCCGCUCCAAGGGCCUCCUCGAAGGAGAGAGAGAAUACUAUGAAAAACAAUUUGCCACGUUGAGGUCCUUUGAAGAAGUUGACUCGCUAGAAGAAUCCAAUGAAAUCAAUGAAGAAGCCGAGCUCGCGGAGCAAAACCAGAGUGAAUUUGCCAUGAAGAUAUCUAAUUAUGCAAACAUUAUUCUCUUGGUGUUGAAGGUAUACGCUACAAUUAAAAGUGGAUCAAUUGCUAUAGCUGCCUCGACACUGGAUUCAUUACUUGAUCUCAUGGCUGGUGGUAUCCUUUGGUUCACACAUCUCUCAAUGAAGAGCAUUAAUGUCUACAGGUACCCCAUUGGUAAACUGAGGGUACAGCCAGUAGGCAUUAUCAUCUUCGCUGCUGUUAUGGCUACUUUAGGCUUCCAAGUAUUUAUCCAAGCUGUUGAAAAGCUGAUAGUGAACCAGACUCCAGAUAAAUUGAGCACAGUACAACUCUUGUGGCUAUAUUCAAUCAUGAUUUUUGCAACAGUGGUGAAACUAGCUCUCUGGCUCUAUUGCCGAACAUCUGGUAACAAGAUCGUCCGUGCUUAUGCUAAGGAUCAUUAUUUUGAUGUUGUCACGAAUGUCGUGGGUUUGGCUGCUGCUGUCCUUGGCGAUAGGUUCUACUGGUGGAUCGACCCAAUCGGUGCAAUUGCCCUUGCAGUCUACACAAUUUCAAAUUGGUCUGGGACAGUGUGGGAGAAUGCAGUAUCACUAGUAGGUGAAUCAGCUCCUCCAGAAAUGCUUCAGAAGUUGACAUAUCUGGCCAUUAGGCAUCACCCUCAAAUUAAGCGUGUCGAUACGGUUCGGGCAUACACCUUUGGGGUGCUUUACUUUGUUGAGGUCGACAUCGAGCUCCCUGAGGACUUGCCACUUAAGGAGGCACACGCCAUCGGAGAAUCACUUCAAAUAAAGAUCGAGGAGCUCCCUGAAGUCGAGCGAGCAUUCGUUCACCUCGAUUUCGAGUGUGACCACAAGCCGGAGCACUCAAUUCUUAGCAAGCUGCCUAGCAGCCAACCUUGAUCCGAAUGAUUCUCUGUGGUUAUGUUUACCCCACACGAUAGUUGGCUACUUGAUUGUCGUGCAGGAUCUGUUACAGUGCUUGGCGCCUUGUGCUGUAUGAUGAAGCUAAGAGGUUGAAUAAGUUGUCCGGUCAUGAAAUCUGUAAUCACGGCAUGUCUGAGAGACAAAAGUACCUACGGCAGAGAUUGGUGGAGACUGAUUGUGGAACUGUCUUUUCAUGUGUAGUGUUUUGAGCAAACUUAGGCAUUUUUGUGCUGAAGUGUAGUUGCCUUUGUGCCGGUAAUGUUUAGACCACCGAUUUGGAGAAAGAGAGGACAAGGCAGGUCCUGGAUUGCUUUAAGCUUGUAUUAGUAUUUUUGUGUCUCAAAUUCAGAUCCCUGCUGAAACUUCGGUUGUGCUUUUGAUGGGCCAAAGCCCUAGUUUUGAGUUUAUUAAUGUAGAUAUUACAUUUUGAGCCCAGAAUGA